GGCCGACGCCUUUAUGAAUUACGUGGACAGAUCCAGGAUGGUUUCGCACAUCAUCCCUGUUUCUGGGGAGUUGCAGCAGGGGAAUGGCAAUCUGGGCGCCACAGGACUUAGCAGUAUGCAGGAUUCUCCUCAUUCCCUCAAAAUCAAACAGGAGCCCUUUCAAUUGUCACCGCCGUCACCUCUGCCGCCCCUUCAUCAAGUGAGCGGUUUCGUAUCGGAGCUGCAGAAUAGCUGCAUCGGCGGCAUCCCGAAGGAUCUCGAGUCCUCGUCGGUUCCCGGCAGUAUAGGCCGAAAUUUAACGUCGCAUCAUGUCUCCCUCCAGAGCCAUCAUCACCACCAUCCCCAUCAUAGUCUGCACAGCACAAACUCCGUAGUCUCUAUGCACACCACCACCACCACCACCGCUGGCUCGACUCACCAUCACCUGGACGACAAGGGUUCGUCGCCCGUGGGUGCUCUUCACAGCACGACCAAUAGCAAUCCCUCCACGCCGUCCGCACCCUCCACGCCCACCGUAGCUAUCGCCGACAAUAUCGCGACCACCGUCGCAUCCGGUACGAACAACGGUACCAACGGCGGUUCCUCCGCCACAAACAGCAAACCGCCCUACAGCUAUGUCGCCCUGAUCGCCAUGGCGAUACAGCACAGUGAACACAAAAGGGCGACCCUCAGCGAGAUUUACACCUACAUCACCGCCAAGUUCCCGUACUUCGAGAAGAACAAGAAGGGAUGGCAGAAUUCGAUUAGGCAUAAUUUGUCGUUGAACGAAUGCUUCGUCAAAGUACCCCGGGAGGGUGGCGGCGAGAGGAAGGGCAACUUCUGGACACUCGAUCCGCAAUAUGAAGAUAUGUUCGAGAAUGGCAAUUACCGAAGACGAAGACGAAUGAAGCGUCCUUACAGAAAUGCUCCGUAUCACAAAUCGAUCUUCGGUGAUCCGUUCUCAACGACUCACGUGCAUUUGCCUCAUAGAAACAUUUUCGGUCAUUCACCCCCUUCGUACGCCCCUACCGCUUAUACGCGAUACGACACGAGCGCAUGGAGUCUUCAACAGUCGCAACUUUCGUACAGCCAUUGUCAAUCGCUGCAGCCGCAAUUGCAGCCAAUGCAGUCGAUGCAAAUCCCGGCUAUGAACGGAUACAGUCAGCUGGGUACCUCGUUAAGUGAGUCACUAUUCUCGCACUUUGCACCCUCUUUUGUCGAGCGGGGUAAUGCUGAACGACCAGACAAAGCGUUUCAAGGCAAUUACCUGGAUGUUCCAGGUGGAACGUCCGGAUCGCCCGGUUCCAUGGGCGGCGGCUCCUUCGGCAGCAGUUUCGCCGCUUGCGGCAGGAGGCACGAGUCCGCGAUGACCACGGAUACAAUGCCCGGAAGAUGCUACUGGCCUGAAAUGGUAAACGUGAAGGAAGAGCCUGGGACCAACACGGUAUCGACUACCGGCGUCGGUGUCGGCGUCGGCGUCGGCGUCGGCGUCGGAGGCGUCGGUGUCGGCGUCCCGUCCGGCAUGAUGGGCUCCGCGACGUCGACGGGCGUCUCCACGACGGGAUUCGCGCCGAUGGAAUUCCAGACGCGUUCCAAGUGCUUUAUGUGAACACAAGAGGGCCCAUUGUCAGUAUAUCAUGGCUACACGAUGAACGGACGAUGCGUGGAUCGGGAAAGGAUCCAACGUGAUCUGUCGCACGACGCGUUAGAUCGCGAUGAGACGGACGCGCGAUUCGACGAGUGGUGAGCGAUGCAUGCGACCCGAACGCAUCUCCCGAUAUGAUGAUGGUUAUAUAUUUAACAAAUAUUAUCGAAUAAUAUCUGAUAAUCAUUUAGCGAUGUUAUUGGAUGGUCGUUCGCGGCCAUCUAACCGCGCGGUGAAAUAAACGUAAACGUUUGCGGAACUCGUGUAAUUGCUAUUGUUGUGUUAAAUUCGAUGUUAAGGGUACGUACACGUCGCGGAUGAUCUUCAUGGACGUGAUUGUUCACGCCCUGUUAAACGUGUAAGCGAAACACGUAAUACGCGCGAGCGUAAUUCGCACUUAUUCCGCGAGAUAUUACGACGCGACAUGGUGCAAUAAUCCCGCAGCGAUUAAAUUUAUCUCGCGAGAGAGGUGCGGUCACGAACACGUGAUUCCGAUCGCCGAUGGAAAAAAAAAAAACAAAAACAAAAAACAAGGCGAUUGCGAAAAACGAUCUCUUGACUUUGCCCGCAUUUUUUCCACGAUAAAACACAUCUUUGAAAAUACCUCUAUCUUCGCACAUCGUUUUCGACUGCUAGACAGUAUUUAAUAUCUUGAUGAAAUCUUUACGUGAGAGGCGGAGUUUGUUCACGACGGAAAUGAGAUAUCGUUUCGAUCAAGACUCAACAGAGAAAAUUUCUUUCUGGAUUAAUAUGGAAAACAUUGUUUCGGAUUAAUAAAGAACUAUGAUGGUA